AUAAUAUACAAACCCCAAAAUUCCAUUUUCUUCUUCUUGGUGACUAAAUCACACAGUUCGACGUGAAAGAUGGGCUCGAUUUUGAUGUGGCUUUUGCUUCUAUUCGCCUGUUUGUUCAAUUACGAUGUCUUAGCCGAGCAGAUCUUCCCAACUCAUGGAGGUAGCUUAGGUCGCAGCUCUAGAGAACCAAAAUAUGAUAUUGAAUUCCAUUCAGAAGAUUCACCAUUUCAUCCUGAUGAUGAUCAAGAAUCUGUGGUAAUGCCAAAGAAAAAUGGAGAAAAAUUUACACCAGAUGAACUACUUGAAGCACUUAAGGACCGAUGCUUUCUCAGGCAAGAAGGAUGGUGGUCUUAUGAAUUUUGUUAUCAAAAGAAGCUUCGUCAAAUUCACGUGGAGGAAGAACGGGUUGUUCAAGAAUUUGUUUUGGGUGAAUACGAUGCUGAAGCUACAGCUGCAUACAACCGUAAUUUAUCUGACAUUUCAACUUUGAAAGAUCCUCGCUCCAAAGAUGCAUCACAAAGGUAUCAUGCUCAUCAAUACACAAAUGGAACAACUUGUGAUCUUACAAACGAGCCUCGAGCAACUGAGGUGAGAUUUGUGUGUUCAGAACCUCGAGCUAUGAUUAGUUCUAUCACCGAAUUGUCAACAUGCAAAUAUGCACUAACAAUACAUUCCCCAAUGCUUUGCAAACACCAAUUAUUCCAAGAAGAAAGACCCGUUUGGUAUACAAUCAACUGUAACCCACUCCCGAAAGAUUACAAACAACCAAAAAUUGAAGAUGACAUUACACAUGAACAGAAGAUCCUUAUGGUAAUUGAUGAGGAACCAUCAUCAUCAUCAUCAAGUCCUGAUUCAGAAGAACACCCGACAUAAAAAUGUAUGCAUGUUUCAGAUAUGGUUCAAAUUAAGCAAAACAGAAAGAUACGUUGAUUUGUGCCCAAAUGGUUUUUAUACAUUUAUCGGCAUUUUGAGGUAUAGUUUUUUUCAGAUGAUAUAGUAAACUUGUGAUGCUAGACAAAACUUAGUGAUACAUUUGAAAGGUUUAUGUUUUUUUUUUCU